AUAGGACAACACUGAUUCAACACAAUGGGAAAGAUCAUCUUCAAUGAAGACAAGAACUUUCAGAGCCACUCCUAUGAGUGCACUAGUGACUGUGCUGACCUGCACUCUCAUUUCAGUAGCUGUAACUCUAUUCAGGUUGAGAGUGGGAACUGGAUGGUAUACGAGCGGACACACUUUAUGGGUUACCAGUACUUUCUGCGACAAGGCGAAUAUGCUCACUACCAACAGUGGAUGGGUUUCAAUGAUUGUGUCAGAUCCUGUCGAAUGAUACCCCAACAUCAGGGAUCCUACAAAAUGACAAUUUAUGAACGUUCAGACUUUGGUGGUCAGAUGAUGGAGUUCACUGAUGACUGUCCAUCCUUUUAUGAUCGAUUCCAUUACAAUGAUACCCAUUCUUGCAAUGUUCAAGAUGGAUACUGGAUCUUCUAUGAGCACCCUAAUUACAGAGGCAGACAAUACCUCCUGAGACCUGGCAAAUACAGGAGGUACAGCGACUGGGGUGCCAUGAGCUCAAGAGUUGGUUCUAUUAGACGUAUUACCUUCUAAUACUGAAAGGCAAGAAGUAGAUCUGGAAUGAAAGAAACCAUGCAAUGAACCUUAUCUUUUCUGAUAUUACUAUUGGCAAAUUAAUGGAAACCUUUAUUUGUCUAAUUAACUCCUGCUGAAAUUCAGAUGGCAGUCAGUUUUAGGAAAACAGUGUGAGUUGGUUCUUACUCCAAUCUACUUACUUUAAGACAAAUUUGACCCCAAUUAUGUAGGCUGAUUUUAGUUUCUGUUCUCUAUAUUUAACACAAAGCUGUGUGACAUUCUAUUGUACUUUACCACUUUUGUUAUGUUUUGUCAGAAUGUACUUUCACUCUGCCUAUAGUUGAUGUCAAAAAAUGGCGAAUAAUUUUUGUUUGCACAUUAAGGUAUAAUAAAUGUAAACUUUACAUGGGGGUAUCUGGGUGUGUUGACCAGUUAAAACAACCUGUUCUCAUUUCUCAUUCAUGAUAAAAUAAAGCAGCAUUAUUAUUCACAGCAAUCUCUACAGCAACAAAUCCGAAGCAACUCUACCACAAAAUUAAGGACACAAAGACAAGGUACAGGGGAACAUGAAGGCUUUAGAUAAAUGGAAACAAUAACUGAGUAGAAUGCUGAAAGGGGUUAAGGGGUCUUUUACUGUCAUCAAUGCAGUCAUGCAUUCUUUGUUAGAUGCAAGUUAGAUGUAACUUUGAAGUGAAAAAUGAACACCACAAACCUUCAGAUGGUUCUGAAAUCUUUUCUAACCAAAAAAAUUGAGUUUCUUACCAAAAGCCUCCACCUGUUCAACACACUUUAUAAGGAAACAUCAUUCUAGUGACUUCUAUCCUCUUUAAACAACAUUUAAACUUCAAA